UACAGAAAUUACAGUGGUGUGCACUAUUUCAGAAGUUAAAAAUCCUUAAGCACUAUACUUAAGUCAUUCUUUUGGCUAUGAUUGCUGGUCUAAAAUGUUUAAUAUAUGUGCUGCAGACAAGCAUACAGUUGUGUAUGCAGCAGGUAGUUAUAUAAUUAUGUUUGACAUCAAUGAGGGGAAAUUGAAUUUUAGAAAAUGUGCCAGUAAUGGAGGAAUAGGACAUAUAGCGAAAAAUCCAGUUUUGAGCCACAUUGCAGUAGGAGAAAAUUGCAGUAAUCCACUGAUCAUUGUGUAUGAGUGGCCAACAUUUGAAAUAGUUAGUGUUCUCAAAGGCAGUGCCGAACAACAAAACAAUUGGUUAUCUUAUAGGUAUAAGUCAUAAGUGUAUUUCUUGAAAGUAAAUUUACAUUGGCAAAAUAACUGAAACCGUUAUUGUGUAUUUAAAUAUAUAAUGUUGAUCAAAUUUAAACUUCAAAUAUAUAUAUA